AUUUUAAUUGUUGACAUUUCAGUAUCUGAGUAUAUUUCUUACAAAGUUGCUGCUACAGACAAAUACGUGGCAAGGGUUAUCUUCAGACUAGCUAUUUCUGAAGUGUAGAAUAUAGAACACUCACAAGAUCCAUGCAACCCUCACCAAAUGGAGGAGAUGCCUAUCACUUUACAGCCAGGAAAUGAUGAGGCGUUACCACCGGGGUUAAAGGAUCUAGAGUCCCUAGACACAAUCACUGUCCACCAACACUUGGAAGCAGGGGAUAUGUGUUUUCAAAGACCAAGUCGAUACAGUGUAUAUGGUAAAGAAGAAGAUUCUAUAUUGUAUGCUCAAGAAGUCUCUGAGUGCUAUGCUCGUCAGUGUUUGGGGGCUAUGAGAGGAUUUGUUCUGAAGUUCAGCAAUCAAGAUGGUCAAGAACUGAUCAGAUUGCAGCGGCCCUUAAGGUGCCCCUGUGGAGUUUGUUGGUGGUGGUGCUGCUGUGUACAGGAACUCAGUAUAGAAAGUCCUCCCGGUCAAGAGAUUGGGGCCAUCAUGGAGGAUCGCUGUUGUUGUCCUUCAUACAAAAUUAUAGAUGAAACUGAAUCUGUGGUCUAUAAAGUAGAAUUUUCCUGUUGUUUAUGCAAGCUGUGUUCAGAUAUUGUAAUAACAAUAUCAGAUGCCAUGGGAGGACAGAGGGUGGCAGAAAUCAGGAAGGUUACAGCGGGUGACUGUGGAGACUUCUGUGGAACUCACAAUGACUUCACCAUUGACUAUCUCCAACCAUUAAAAGUUCAACAUAAGAUUCUUCUUCUGGGUGCAAGUUUUCUUAUGGACUUCAACUUUUUCGAAAAACAACAGCGAUCCUGUUGUUAGUAUGUCUAUAACAAUAAAUUACCAGUAUAUGGAUAUUAUGUGAUAAUCUCAACAGAUCUUUUUCAAUUUCUUAUUUAGAUAUUAAAUAUCUGAAUAGAUAUUUUUAUGUCUGGCUAUCAAUCCAGCCAAUGUUUAUGUAUAGAAAAAGUAUAUUUUUGCUCAAUCUUUUUUUCAUUACCUCUAAUUUAUUGUAUAGAUUUUAUAUAUGAUUUAUUGAAGUUAUUGGAAUUUCCUUUACGUUGUUUUAUUUUUAUAGUCUUUUAAUAAUUUUGUUAUUAUUUGAACAACAUUUUUAAAUUUCUCCAUACAAUGUAUUACAGUUAAUAAAUUUGUUAUAUACAGA